AAGAGUUAAGUGUUUGGCGCGUCUACUCACUCCUUACUGCAAAUGUAAAGAAAAAUAUGGGUUGUUGUGUUUUGAUGAAUAAGUCCCAAUGCUAAAUAAUUUUUAAAUAUGACAAAAGUUUUUAGUUAUUUUAAAAUGUGAACAUAAACUUUGACUUGUGUCUAUAGAGUUGUGUAUAGGUGUGUUUUGUGUCGGCAUACACAAGCAAGAGACUAGCUUCAGCUGCCAUGGAGGAUUUAUAACGAGUCGAUGACCAUUGUUGUUAAUUGCUCUUAUUUGUUUUUCGUGAAGUGUUAUUUCAGCUAGUACAAAUUUUUGGAAUAUUUCGAUGUGUACAUAAUGGAUGAGACGGUUAAAAAAACAGAAAAAUGAACGGGGAAAUACCGAGUGUGCCAAUAACUACAUUGGCUGGCAUUGCAAGUCUCACUGACUUGCUGCCGGAAAUGCCACUCCCUUCACCGUUGCCUCAAACGCUCAGCAAUAAGUCUCUAUUAUUCCACCCUCGUGUAGCCGAAGAAGCCAACAUUCUGUUGAGCCUGCGGGACGAAAAUCUAGUACCACAGCUUGUACAAUCUCUUGUGCAAACAUCUGCAGAUCAUAUAGAGUUGAAAGAUCACUAUGCUGGAACAGAACAACCAGUCGAUCAUCAGCAAAAUGUUCCAGAACUCUUGAAAGGGAUUCUUCAAUGGAAUCCUAAUGUGUUCAAAGGACCGCAUUUACCUGCUCCGUGUUGGAACACAAGUGCCGGCUCGAGUCAGACGCCCAACAAGCUUCCCAAUUUCAUCAACACCGGCUACCCAACCUCUCGGCAUGCGCCGCCACCCCGACUCGUAGCACAACCCCCGCCAGUGCAGGCGCCUGCGCCUGAACCUCCUCCGUCCUUCCCUCAACCUCAUCCUUGUACCGUCACCCAACCGCCUCCUCCUCUUCCUCCUCCUCCACCUCCUCCCGAACAACCUCCGUCGCACCAACCUACUCCCACUCCCAAUAACGCUGUGUUUGCCAGCAAAUAUCCGCCCGUCUCUAGCGACUCGUUCCCAGCGCCACCCUCCAGUAUUCCGCGCGCUCAAGCACCUCUCAUGCCUGGUUCAUCGCCGGCACAAGCGAGUACUGCACCUGCCCCAAUUUCCCAAAUGAAAGAAGAUUUUGAAAAACGAGGAGCAACACCGGAUCAAAAAAUCAAAGAACCUGUAGUUCGACUCAGCCGCUUAUCUGCUGAGGAUUUCAUGAGGAACCAGAGAACGGCAUGUGCUCAGAAAAGUGCUAGUCCUAUGAAAAACGAUAUCAAAAAUCACACACCAGUCAAGGAAUCCAGCCAGGGCUCAGAGAGUGACGAGGACGAACCGCGUAGCAAGAAUAAGUAUUUCAAGAAUCGCGAACGCGAAAGAGAAAUGCUUCGAAAGAAAGAGAAGGACCAAAAGAAGAAGAAUAAUAAAGAUGAAGAUUAUUCGCCUGACGAGUUCGAUGUUUCUCUUUCUGAGAGAAUCAAGAAGAGAAAGCGAAAUAACCGUGUACCUGCUAUGAAUGAAGAUAGUGCCUGUCCUAAUGAAGAAAUAUCCGUACCAAAGACAAAGCUGAGGAAACUGGAACGAAAACUUGUUCCGGUAUUGGAAAAACUCAGCAUAGAAGAAUUGAUGGAGACGAAUACAUAUCAGAGGUUCAAUCGAACCAUAGAAAAGAUUUUCGAUAAUAUUGAAGACUUGGACAUGUCAAUGGACAAUGCGGAUGAAGAUGAUGAUUCGCCAGCAUUGAUUCCUAAAUAUCUGUUGGAAGAGCUAUAUACAGAAGCAGCUAAACUGAAAACUUACGGAGCCAUGGAAUCUAUUCCAUCUGAGAAGCUUAUUCGACUGCUUAGUAUUCUUGAAAAGAAUGUUCGAGAUGGCGCCAAAGUAUCACCUAUCGGAGAUCCGGAUGACGACGAGGAUGAAAGGAGGCUGUUUAUGGAGCUGACGAUGGAUCGAGUUCAGCGAGCAGUGGAUGCCUCGCUGACAACCCUGUACAUCCUUACAUCACCCAAUAUGCACAAGCGAGUCUACCUGGAAGACGUGAUCGAUCGUGUCGUCAUAUUCACCAAGUUCCAGCUACACAACACCAUUUAUCCGGCCUUCGACCCUGUUUACAGGGUGGAUCCCAAAAACAAAGAUGGCUACAUCGGGAGCGCUAAGAAGAAAAGGGCGCACGCCAAAGAAGUUCGAGAAAAGAGCGUGUUGACGUUGUAUAACAAGUUGAUUGAACUGGUGGCGUUACUGAGUGAACUUUUGAAUAUACAAACGUUAACUGAUACAGCUGUACUUCACGCCUCGUCGAUGGGAAUCUCACCGUUCUUCGUGGAAGGAGUCAGCGAGCUUCAACUGUCCGCUCUCAAACUGGUCACAACUAUUUUCAUGAAGUACGAAAAGCACAGAAAGUUGUUGUUGGAUGACAUUCUGGCAUCCAUGGCUCGCCUUCCUAGCAGCAAAAGAAGCCUUCGAUCAUACAGGGUCAGCUCGGAAGAGUACAUUCAAAUGCUGACCGCCCUGGUGCUUCAACUUAUCCAGUGCAUGGUAAUCCUGCCGCACAAUCUAGAUUCGAAGCAAGGACAGAACAGCGUUGAUCCCGAUGUUGUGAUCGUCAGCAUGUUUUCUGCAGCGCGGCACACAGCCAAAAACUUUUUGUACGUCUUUUUGGCCAAAUGCAGCAGCAAGUCGGAAGAAAUCGACUACCGUCCGCUAUUCGAGAACUUUGUUCAAGAUCUGUUGACCACUGUGAACAAGCCCGAAUGGCCCGCAGCUGAACUCAUGCUCAGUGUUCUUGGCGCACUACUUGUGGCCAACUUUGUGAACAAAGGCUUGGAAAUGUCGCUGAGAGUUGCUUCUCUGGAUUAUUUGGGAGUUGUAGCUGCUCGACUCAGGAAAGAUGCUGUUCAAUCAAAUUUGAGACUGUCCACGAUCGAUCAGAUCAUAGAAGAAAUAAAAACCGAGGAAAAUAAGGAUGAUGAUGGAAAUGUCAGGGGAGAAGUAACAGCGGUGGAGUCUGACGAUGAGCGCAUUCAGUUUCUACAGAGGGUGUUGCUCGACUAUCUGGCGGUGAAGGGUCAAGACGAGCCGGCCUGCAUACAUGCCAGACACUUCUAUCUUGCCCAAUGGUAUCAAGACAACACCACAAAAAACCAACAGACGCCUAACACACCAAAGCAAAACAAAGUCAAUCACAAGUCAAGGAAGAAUAGUAAGCGGAAAAAGAAAGAUUCUAGUGACGAGGAUGCCACAACGUCAGAAGAAGAGGAGGAAGAUGGAAGUGCCAAGAAAGCCGCCAAUGGCAACACUGAAGAUCCCAUGGAUGCUUACCGAGUGAUUGAAGCUAAGAAGAAGUUCCUGCUCAGCAAAAUACGUCCGUUUCAAGAUCGAGUGACGAAUGAUGGCGUGAGACCCCAGGUCCUACAAACCUACAUCGACUACAACAGCGCUGAACUGGUGGCCCGCUAUCUGGCGUCCAAACGACCUUUCUCUCAGAGCUUCGAUACUUACCUCAAACACAUCCUUAAAGUUCUAACGGAACAAUCAGUUUUGAUCCGAACAAAAGCCAUGAAAUGCCUAACAAUGAUUGUGGAAGUGGACUCCGAUGUUCUUACCUCCAAGGAUAUGACAAUCGGCGUGAAUACUUCUUUCCUGGACCACUCGACGUCAGUCAGAGAGGCGGCCGUCGAUCUGGUCGGAAAAUACGUUCAUUGUCGACCGGAUCUCAUUAACACUUACUACAAAAUGCUUUCCGACAGGAUUCUGGAUACCGGUGUCAGUGUUAGGAAACGAGUGAUCAAAAUUAUGAAGGAUAUCUGCAUUGGCUGUCCGGAGUAUCCCAAAAUACCGGAGAUAUGCGUCAAGAUGAUCAGAAGAGUCAACGACGAAGAUGGUAUUCGUAAGCUUGUCAUGGAAGUAUUCCAGAACAUGUGGUUUACGCCAGUGAGUGAACGACCAACCACCGAUACUCAAGCCUUGAUUCGUAAGGUCAUGAAUAUCACUGAUGUAGUUGCUGCUUCCAAAGAUAUGGGACUUGAGUGGUUCGAACAACUUCUGCUCAGUCUUUUCAAACCGAAGGAGGACAAAGAAGACUCGAGGCUGGUGAAGCAAGAGCCUCCUCCUACACUUCUACUGGCUUGCAAACAAAUAGUCGAUUGUCUGAUCGAUAAUGUAAUCAGGUUGGAUGGUAGAGGAGGUGGCUCUUCUCAGCGGCUGAUUGCCUGCAUGGUCACGCUGUUUCUGUUCUCCAAAAUAAGACCGCAGCUCCUAGUUGAUCAUGCCAUCACCUUACAGCCUUAUCUCAGCCUCAAGUGCAAGACGCAAGGUGAUUACCAAAUCAUCAGCUACGUUGCGAAAAUUUUGGAACUCGUUGUGCCUUUAAUAGAACAUCCCAGUGAUACGUUUCUUGCUCGCUUAGAGGAAGACUCGGUCAAAUUGAUCAUGGUUCAUGACCAGACUGUGAUACAAAGUUGUGCGUCUUGCCUUGGAUCGGUUGUCAAUAAUGUGACAAGGAACUUCAAGUUGAUCAGAGACUGCCUGAAGAAGUAUUAUGAACGUAUGUGCCAAGUAAGAACUUACCUGGAGACUGCAGCUCGAAACAAUACUGUGCCAGAUGAAGUCCUGAUGGCUAAACAGAAACCCAUGUGCAGAAGGGCAAUUUUCGUAGUAGGUGUUCUGCUAAGGUACUUUGAUUUCACCGAUGAUGAGGUUCGAGGAGACCAACUACCGAAAACCAUCACUAUUGAUAUUUUCGAGCUGUUCUAUUUUCUAUUGAAUCAAGACGAAGAUAUUCAGCUCUUCACAAUGAAGGCUAUUGGGAACGUCUGCAUCCGCCAUUACGAUCUUAUGCUGGGACCAGUUCUGAAGACAUUAUACCACCAACUGCUCAAGGAAGAUGAUGCCUCGCUCAGUAUGAAAGUCCAGGUUCUCAAAAACAUAGAAAUUUACCUGCAGGAAGAAGAAAGACGGAUGAUAAAGCAAGAUCAAGAGUGGGCAAAAUUGUCGAAAAAGGAGAACCUGAAAGAGAUGGGAGAUGUGUCGUCAGGCAUGGCUAGCACAAUCAUUCAGCUGUAUUUGAAAGAGAUUUUGGUUUCGUUCCUGCAUCCGGAUGUCAGCGUUCGUCGAGCCGCUCUGCAAGUCAUUCAACUCAUCUUGAACCAGGGCUUAGUUCAUCCCAUAAUGAUUGUGCCGUACCUUGUUUGCAUGAGCACUGACAACGAUAAGAUGGUGAGCAAUAGUGCCGAUAAGCAGCUGCAGGAGAUCGAGAAGAAAUAUCCGGGCUUCAUUCACAUGAAGGCGCAGGCGGGAAUCAAACUGUCCUUCCAGCUGCAGAAGAUCCUUCAGAUGGGUCAGAAGGUGGUCCGCGGCUUCCGGACAAAAGAAGGUGAAGUGCCUGGAGCGUUGAAUGGAUUUUUGUAUUCGAUUCUCCGUACCAAACAGCAGAAGCGUGCCCUCAUCAUUUCUAUUCUGCAGCAGUUCGAUGAGCAGGCGGUAAGCUUCUUUCAAUUCAUUAUUUUAAGUUUGAAAAGUUGAAGUUUAUAUUUUGUA